AUGAUUAAUUUAGCACUACUACUAAUAUGGAUAUUAUCAUCUACAACACAUGCAUUAUCACUUAAGUACUGUUCUAAAACUAACCUUGGAAGCGGUUCAUCCCCAUUAAUCAACGAAUUCAUGUCAAAUGGGUUAUGUCAUGAUAAUUGUUUAGGACAGAAUUUUGCCGUAGCCAUCGUAUCAGGGACCGAUUGCUACUGUUCCGAUGAUGUACCUGGAGACACAGUCUCGAUGACGAACUGUAAUAUUGGUUGCCCUGGAUAUAGCGAGCAGGAGAAUUGUGCAGGCAAUAAUUAUUAUGGAUAUAUAAUCCUAAGUAAUCCUUCAUCGACUGUUUCGAAGGGCCAGCCAACAGAUGACAGUAGCAGCAACCAAGAUGAAGAUAAGACGGUAGGCACAACAUUAAUUACUCAAACUACACAAGUCACCAAAGUCCAUGAAACAAGUGACAUUGUCAAAGUUACAAUGAUUGUAUCAACAACACCAGCCACAUCAUCAUCCGCCACAUCCACGUCUUCGUCACUGGUGGUGAUUGAACCAUCCACAGUUUACUCAAUUGUCACAGUCAAUGGUAACACAUCACAAACAGUUAAGACAUUAUAUAUAACCCACACACCAAGUGAUGUUGCUUCACCCUCAUCAACUGCAAAUGAUUCAUCUUCUAUUGGGUUGCAUGCACAGACUAGUGUUCUGACUGAAAAUGCCAGUUCCACAUCCAAUUCGCCUGAAGAAAAAUCUACAUUUUUUGAUAACAAAGGAAAGGUAGCAGGUACAUUUACAGCAGUAGGUAUUGUUGUGGCUGGAAUAGUUUCAACCAUCUUAUAUUGUUGCUGUUGUCGUAAAGGAGGACAUGAUGAUGAUGAUGGUUACACCGAUGAAGAAAGUCAAAUUUCCUCAGACAUGUCAGUGGGAAAUGAGAAGAAAGUCGCUACUUCAAUUAAGAGAGAAGACUCAACUAAGUCUUUAUUCAAAUUGUUCUCGAAUGAAAAAGAUGGAGUGAAUCGAAGUUCUUCGAGAAAGAAAUUGAUGAAUAGAAGAAGUGGAAGUGGAGGCAGUGGAGAUAGUUUGGAUAAUGUGAUUAUGUUUCCAAUAAACGAGGUUGACACUCGUAUGGAUCCUCAUACAAUGUUUUUGAAUCACACUUAUUCCAGAAAUACCCUCGAUGAUGAGGUUGACUAUCUGAGGAAGUUGAAAGUUGUUAAUCCCGAACAAGGUCUGAUUACCCCUCGAGGGCCGAUUUAA